AUGUCGUUGAUACCUCUUGUGUUAUCCAUCAUUGCCGGCGUCUGCACCACUCUUGUCGCAGCCCUCGGCAUCAACUUUCUCACAAAGCUGCUACCUACCCGCUACCAUGCGGCUGAGAACCCCAAAGAUGACCACAUCCAGAUAUUGGUUCUCGGCGAUAUAGGCCGUAGCCCUCGCAUGCAGUAUCAUGCGAUGAGCAUCAUGAAGCACGGUGGGAGGGUAGACCUUGUUGGCUACAAGGAGACUGCUCGCCAUCCCGAUCUUGUUGGCAACGAGAGAGUGGCUCUAUACCCAUUGCCGCCUCUUCCCACUGUCUUCAAAUGGAAUACCCUGCCAUUCCUCAUCAACAAGCCGGCCAAAGUUGUCUGGCAAGCCUACUCAAUCUUCUACGUUCUGGCGUACACCGCACCUCCGGCUCGAUGGAUUGUCAUUCAGAACCCCCCUUCUAUCCCGACACUGCACUUGGCUUUGCUAGUGUCUAUUCUGCGAGGAAGCCACCUGCUCAUUGACUGGCACAACUAUGGCUGGUCCAUCAUGGCUACUGGCCGCAGCCAGAAGAACCCACUCGUAUGGCUCUACAAGAAGUAUGAGAUGUACUUUGGCAGGGUGGUCCCCACGGCCAACCUCACCGUCACCGAUGCCAUGGCGCGGCAGCUCAAGGAGAAGCCGUAUAGCAACAAGAAACCUAUCUUCACCCUGCACGACCGGCCCGCCGAAGUGUUCCAGCCCAUCGCAUCGACCAAAGCCCGGCAAGAAUUUCUCUCGCAACUCAAGGAGACCAAGGAUGUCGCCGAUAGCAUCAUCGCCGGCACCACUCGCCUCAUUGUCAGUAGCACCUCAUGGACCCCCGACGAAGACUUUGGUCUGCUGCUGGACGCCUUGGUGGCCUACGCACACCCCGAAGAGGCUGUCACAGCGAACGGCGUCGGUCGGCCUCCGAUCCUGGCUAUCAUCACCGGCAAAGGUCCCCAAAAGGCCGAGUAUGAGGAAAAGAUCAAGAAUCUCCGCCUGGAAGGCAAGCUCCCUGGCAUCACUAUCCUGACCGCAUGGUUAUCAACCCGCGAGUACGCCACGCUGCUCUCAUGCGCCGAUCUUGGUGUCUGCCUCCACAAGUCCAGCUCCGGUGUCGACUUGCCCAUGAAGGUCGUUGACAUGUUCGGUUCGGGACUUCCUGUGGCUGCGUACUCUGCAUACGAAAGCUUCAGCGAGCUGAUCAAGGAGGGUGAGAACGGAUGCGGAUUUGAGACGGCCACUGAGCUGGCUGAGGUCUUGAUCAGGCUGCUCAGCGAGAGCGGCAAGGACGAGUUGAAGACUUUGAAGUCGGGGGCUAUCAAGGAGGGAAGCUUACGCUGGGAUGAGGAAUGGGAUCGCGUCGUUGGGCGGAUCGUGGGUGUAAUUGAUAGCUGA